AUGAGAAACGUAGGGAGUUCGAGCUCCGGCGGCAAAGGCAUAGCAGCGGUGGUAGGCGUCGGUCCAAAGCUUGGCCGCUCCAUCGCUCGGAAGUUUGCUCAUGAAGGCUACACCGUCGCCAUUCUCGCCCGUGAUCUCGUGUCGUUAGGGUUCGUGGAGGUUUUGGUUUACAAUGCUUAUCACUCUUCUUCUUCCUACACAAGUCACCAUCCAACUUCUUUCACCCACAUUCCUUUUCAAUCUUUCCAAACUUCUAUCUCCGUCUCAGUCUUCGCUGCAUUCCCUUGCGCACAACAGGUUAUUCCCGGGAUGAUAGAGAAAGUGAAAGGAACUAUACUCUUCACCGGUUGCUCGGCGUCUUUGAAUGGCGUUGCUGGUUUCUCCGAACUAUGCUGUGGGAAAUUUGCAUUGAGGGCACUGUCUCAAUGCUUAGCAAAAGAAUAUCAAGCUUUUGGAAUACAUGUGGCUCAUGUUAUCAUCGACGGCGUGGUUGGACCUCCACGAGAAAUAAACAUCCCUCCUCGAGGAAUGGUCGCGAACCAAUCAUUCAGCGUAGGAGGCGAAGAUGGAGAAGGAGAAGGAGAAAGCUCGGGAGUGAUGGGAAUGGAUCCUGAUGUAUUGGCUCAAACAUAUUGGUACCUCCAUGUCCAAGACCGAAGAGCUUGGACCCAUGAACUUGAUAUCCGACCAUCAAACACAAGAUUCUAGCUAGUACUUUUAAAAUAUAUGAAUCGAUUCUUAUGGUUUCUGAUUUUAUUCAAUGUUCUUUGAGCCAUAUAUAUAUAUGUAUGUAUGUAUAUUCUUGUGUUUGGAAUGUAAUUAAGUACUCUGAAGGAUUUGUUAAUGAUUGGUGUGAAUGAUCUAUCAA